UGAAGGCAACAAAAGUAGGGUAAUGGUGCAACAAGUGCAUUUUGUUUUUGCUAUAUUUAGUGAGAGGUCGUUGCACCCAUUGGCAAUGUUGAUCCGCCAUCAUUGAUUAUUUUGUCAGUCAAAAUUCUCAUCUCAAUCAGUCUCCACUUGACACAGUAUAUUGAACCCAUCCCAGCAUCACCAUUGCAGCUUCCACUCCCACCAUUGCACCUUGCACCACUGAGCUUCAAGGCAUGAGGAAUCCACACAAGGCCUGGUACACACAUCUCGACAAGACUGGUGAGAAAAGGUUCUCCAAGCCGGAGAUGGAGGCGCUACAGUUUGAUCCUCGUAGGAAGACACUCUCUCUGGUCAAGACAGAUCUGCCAGCCAUCAUUGAGAAACAGGAGGUGAUAGUGAAGGUUGUCUACGCUGGAGUGUGUGGAACAGACCUACACAUACUGGAUGGUACGUUUCUAUGUCGAGAUCGCCCGUUUAUCCCAGGUCAUGAGUUCUGCGGAGUUGCCAGCUCUAUAGGCUCAGAGGUGAAGCAUAUCAAACGAGGCGAUCGUGUGGUUGUCAAUCCCAACAGCGGUUGUGGCGUUUGUUCGUAUUGCACGGCAGGCCAGUACCAUCAGUGUCCCUCCGGCAGUCUCAACACCACCAUCGGGAUAUUCAACAAUGGCGGCUGGGCACAAUACUGCAAGGUGCCUGCGUCACAGGUGCAUCGUAUCCCUGACUGUAUGACCUUCCAGCAAGCUGUCCUGUGCGAGCCCUUGUCUUGUGUGUGUCAUGGGUGGGAUCGCAUAGGUCCUCUGCCCAUUGGCUCUACAGUGCUGAUCUCUGGAGCAGGCAUUGUCGGCAACCUUUGGUCGAGUCUGUUGCAUCACUCAGGACAUCGCAAAGUCAUCGUGUCCGAACCUCUCUCUGCCAGACGCAAUCUCAAUGAGCAGCUCAACACAGGGUACAAGUGUAUCAGCCCAGAGGAACUGAAAGUGCUAAAGACAGCCAACCCGCAGUGGGGUGUAGAUGUGUGUGUGGACUGUAGCGGCAACGGACAAGCCAUACAGGACGGUCUGUCAGUGCUGCGGCCUGGUGGCAAACUGUGCAUCUUCGGAGUGGCUGCUCCUGACUCUGUCAUCAGUAUGUCUCCGUUUGACAUAUUCAGGAAGGAGUUGACCAUCGUAGGUGUGCUCAUCAACCAAUUCAGUUUCCCCCAGGCCCUGAGCCUGAUAGAAGCCAUGGGCUCCAGGUAUGUGGACGAGUACCUCGACUACGACGUUCUCGGCAUCAAGGUGUUCCCUCUGGAACAACACCAAGAGGCUAUCCUAGCGCUCCGGAAGGGAACCAUAGCUAAGGCGGUGUUCAAACUGUCCUCAGGCCCGGACUGAACUUGUCUCCAGCAGAUACUGAACAAUGACCUGCUCCAGUGGUGCAAGAUUUCACCCCAAGGAUUACCAAAUAUUAGAUGGUUGUAUCGUCAAGUUUUCCCAAUAAACUCUUAAUCGAUGGGCAUCGUGUACAUAAAGUGCUUGUAUAGAUUUGUAUGAACAAUUAAAGGAACUUUUUCAAAAAAAGAA